AUGGAAAAGAUUGGUGAAUGUUUAGAAAAGUUAUCUCUAGAAGCCAGAGAACUAUACCUAGAGUCAAGAGUACGGGAACUAGUGAGACCUCCUUCUCCCCUUGUGUUCCUCAGGGACUAUGUCUCGAAAAAUGUCCCCGUGGUCAUCAGGGGUGGUUGUACCAAUUGGGGGGCAUGCAAAAAAUGGAGCCACACUUAUUUGAGAGAGAAAAUUGGUGAAAAUUUGGUGACUGUUUCGUGGACGCCGAAUGGAUUUGCCGAUGCCGUCUAUGAUGGCUGGUUCACAUUGCCGGAUGAGAAGAUUAUGAAAUUUAAAAAGUUUCUAGACCUCUUGGAAAGUUCCAAGAAUGGCGACGAUGCAGAAGAUUGUGGAGAGGGUGGUGUCGGUGAAGAUAAUAAUGAAGUUUCCGGUAUGCCGAAGAGCAGAGGAUCUCAACUGGAGAGAGGGGUAUACUAUAUUCAGAAACAAAACUCCUGCUUAACGACAGAGUACCGAGACCUACGGGAGGACGUCGACGAUUCAAUUCUCUGGGCCGAAGAGGCUUUCGGCUGCAAACCAGACGCCAUAAAUUUCUGGAUGGGUGAGAAGGAUGCCGUUACGUCACAUGUCUAUCCAGUGGCUAGGUUUAAAAUGAUGAAAAAGAGUAAAAGAGAAGAAACGAUCGACGAUAAUCAUAGCAACAAGAAUAAUAAUAAAAAUAAUAAUCAUAAUAAUAGAAAUCAUCAUUAUAACAAUGGUGAUGAUACGUAUACUUUAGUUGAUGAAAAUAACACGGUCAAGUGGACCCCAGUCGAUCCAAUCAAUCCUGACCUCGACCGUUAUCCAAAUUAUGCCAGGACGCGACCUCUGGAGGUCAAAGUUCAGAGAGGUGACAUGCUAUACUUGCCAUCACUAUGGUUUCACCACGUCAGGCAGAGUCACGGCUGUAUAGCUGUGAACUAUUGGUACGAUAUGAGCUAUGACAUCAAAUACAACUACUUCAAACUCGUUGAAUCUCUCAUCGACCUCGAUGGUGCCAAGAAGAUGAUGAAGCAAUGA